UAAUAAUUUGGAUUAGUCUGGUUUAUAAGCCUGAUAAAAACUAGAGCUAAAGAUUGACUAGAAAGAAACUGCCGAGCGAGACAAGAGACGAUUAAGCCAUGGGUAUCACCGGAAAUCUCACGGCCGCGCAGCUCCAGUUCUUCAAUUCUCAAGGGUAUCUAGUGAUCGAAUCAUUUGGAGAGGCAGGAGAAAUAAAAGGUCUAAUGAACAGAAUGGAGCAAUUGCUUGAUGACUUUGACUGCUCCUCCUCAAAUUCUAUUUUCUCCACUAAGAAUCAGCAACAGUCAACUGAUAACUACUUUUUCGAUAGCGCCGAGAAUGUUUCUUUUUUCUUCGAAGAGAAAGCAUUUGGGGACGAUGGAAACUUGCGCCAACCAAAGCAGCUCUCGAUUAACAAAGUUGGUCACGCUCUACAUGAGGUGGAUCCAGUUUUUAAAAGUUUCUCUUCCUCUGACAAAUUUAAAAGUAUGUUAUGUUCCUUGGGUUACAAGAGGCCAGUAGUUAUUCAGUCUAUGUAUAUUUUCAAGCAACCAGGUAUUGGAGGUGAAGUAGUGCCGCAUCAGGAUAACUCAUUUCUAUAUACAGAGCCAACAACUUGCACGGGGCUGUGGCUGGCCCUUGAAGAUGCAACGAUUGUAAAUGGUUGCCUUUGGGCUAUUCCUGGAUCUCAUAAGAACGGUCUUGUCAGAAGGUUUCUUAGAGGCGAAGAAGGGGUGUUCUUUGAUCGUCCUUCUCCUGCUUAUGACCAAAAAGAUUUUGUGCCUAUUGAAGUCAAAUCUGGUUCUUUGGUUGUCAUUCACGGUGAUCUUAUUCAUCAGAGUUUCGAGAAUCAGUCCUCAAAGUCAAGGCAUGCCUACAGCUUGCAUGUGGUGGAUACUGAUGGUUGCAAAUGGGCGCAAGAUAAUUGGAUUAGAAGAAAAAUGGAGCCAGAGCCUCUCUAUGUAUCUUGAUCUGCUCUAACAGAUGCAAAGUAGCCAGUGUUUUACAGUCUCAAGCUGCACUAUUUUGAUGUACAUUAAGAGAUAAUAAUAAAAGGCUGCAUGAGUACUGUAAUGUUUUUAAUGCUUCCACCUUUGUGAUCAAUAACUGCUCUACAUUUCUUUUUUCUUUCCAGAAGUUACUGCAUUUGCAUGUAAUUAAUGAUGCGUAACUAAUAAAAGUUUGUUCAUCCAAUUGCCUGUAUUAUCAGGUAAUAAUUGGAGCAUUAA